AUGGAAACUGUUGAAGUGAUUACUGACCCUGUACGAAACACAGCCACUCCUGUGAUCCUAGACGACUUUAAUUGGGCUGAUUGGCUAAAUAACGCCAGUUGUGUUCUGGUGGUCUACGUGGAGCCGUUAUUGUGCUCGAUUGGAUUCCUCCUUAACUGCGCCUGUAUUGCAGUGUUCCUCAGCGUCUCAAGUCAUGGAUAUUUCCGAAAAACAAGCCUGUUGUUUUACCUCGUCGCUCUGUCGAUCUGUAACGCUUUACAGCUCAUUUUGUCCAUUUUCGUCAUUGUUUUACCGGCGAUGGAACAGUUUAUCGGCACCGAAUUUCCACGAGAAGCGGCAAACUUGCAUCGAGUGAAUGCGAUCACGGUGCGGCUUGGUUACCCACUAAUGUUGGCCGCUAACUAUGCCGCAAUCUGGCUACUCACACUCAUUUGUGCUCAGAGGUUUCAGGCAAUUUGUCAUCCAUCGAACCCUUGGAAACUUCGGCUCACAUGUAUACGAAGGAGCAAAGGAGCAGUGACUGUUGUUGUGGGUGCAGCUUUGGGCUUGAAUGUGAUCCGGUUCUGGGAGAUGGAGUGGCAUGCUGACCACGGUGGUAUCGUUAGCUCAGGGUUA